UCCAAAUCUCAAUAAAAAAUGGCAAAACUGAGCUUCUCCUUGCUCGUAGUCCUCCUCUCGAUCUUCUCACUUCUGAGUGCUGUAGAGCCAUCCUUUUCUAAUGAUCAGCCUUGGCGUUCCCAUGGUCAGGCCUACAUCGAGGCCUCGUGCCGGACAACGCUUUAUCCAGACCUAUGCGUCCACUGCCUCUCCAUGUAUAUCAAGCCCAAUGUGACCGUCCAAAGCCCGCAGCAGCUGGCACAAUACGCCUUGUCCAUGAGCCUGUACCGUGCACGGUAUGCCAGAGCCUACGUCCUCAAGGUGGCAGGAGAGCUCAAGAAGCUCAGGGCCCGGGAAUACCAAGUCGUGCAAGACUGCUUGGAGCAGAUCAAUGACAGUGUGGACCAACUGAGUGGAUCUAUCAAGGAACUACGUCGUUUUGGCCAAGAAACUGUGGGGGAUGACUUGAUUUGGCACAUAAGUAACGUGGAGACUUGGGUGAGCACAGCUUUGACUGAUGCAUACACUUGUGUGGAUGAGCUGCCGGUGAAAAACUUGAGCAAGUUAAAGGCUACGAUAAAGGGGAAGAUCGUGAAUGUGGCUGAGGUGACGAGCAACGCGCUUGCUUUGUUUCAUAGAUUUGCUGCAAGGUAUCGAGCUGCAAACAAACCUUAGAGGGCUAGGGUUUUUUUAGGGCUCGUGCGUUUUGUUCUUGUGUUGUGGUUGUUUAAUCUUCUUGUUCUUUGAUGUGUUUACUUGUUGAUGUAUGUUAAUAUAAAUGCAUGAAUACACACAGUCAAUCCUAUGAAGGGAUGUGAAUACCA